AAGUAAAGGACCGGAACUCACGUGUCCAUAGUAUGGCGCGGUGGUUACCUGUAGCAAGCAGAUGGUGGCUUUCCCGUUAUUUUACGUCUUCGGCUGUCGUUAAUUAAUUAUUCCCCCAAAGUCUACAGCUGGUGUCUUGGGAAAAUGUCGGAUUUCGAAGAAUUUGAGAAGCAGCUGAGCGAGAACCGGCAAGAGAGGGAAAAAGAAAGACGCAAAAAGAGGAGUCGCAGUGACUCAACUGGUCGUGGCGACAACCACGACAGCCGGAACAAAGAGCGGUGGGACAAACGGAGUCGCAGUCGAGACCCAAAGAGUCAGGAUCGGAGAAGCUCAUCGCGAGACUACAAGAAGCACAGCCAUUGUUCUCCGAGGAGAACAAGAAAGAAAAAGACAUGCAAGUACUGGGAUGUGGCUCCUCCAGGCUUCCAGCACCUCACCCCUCUACAGUAUAAAGCCAUGCAAGCCGCCGGUCAGAUCCCGAGCAUGGUCCUUUUAGCAACGUCCUCCGCCGCCGCCGCCGUGGUGCCCGGUGUGACCUCGGUGCCAACUCCUGUGGCCGCGGUGGGAAACCAGUUGACUAGACAAGCCCGCCGCCUCUACGUCGGGAACAUUCCCUUCGGAGUCACCGAGGAGUCCAUGGCCAACUUCUUCAAUGCUCAAAUGAGACUGGCUGGCCUCUCGCAGGCCCCCAACAAUCCGGUCCUGGUUGUGCAGAUCAACCAGGACAAGAACUUUGCCUUCCUUGAGUUCCGCUCGGUAGACGAGACCACACAGGCCAUGGCCUUCGACGGGAUAGUUUUCCAAGGUCAGUCCUUGAAGAUUCGGAGGCCUCACGACUACCGCCCGCUCCCUGGCAUCUCAGAGCAGCCUGCGUUCCACGUGCCAGGCGUCGUGUCCACAGUGGUUCCAGAUUCUCCUCACAAGCUUUUCAUCGGUGGUCUGCCCAACUACCUGAACGAUGACCAGCGAUGGUCCCAUAACAUCUUAAGUCUGUGGUCAUAUUUGACUAUCAUCGUCAUCAUUCAUCAUCAUCUAAAUCAUCAUUGUCGUCGUCGUCAUUAUUGUCAUGUGUCAUGUAGGACAGCAGUGGUGAAGGAGCUGCUGACGUCAUUCGGCCCGCUGAAAGCCUUCAACCUGGUGAAGGACAGUGCCACUUCACUGUCCAAAGGGUAUGCCUUCUGCGAGUAUGUGGACGUGGGUGCCACGGACCAGGCGGUGUCUGGACUCAACGGCAUGCAGCUGGGAGACAAGAAGCUGAUCGUACAAAGAGCCAGUGUGGGUGCCAAAAACAACAACCUGUCAUCCAUCAUCGAAACGCCAGUGCUGCUACAGGUGCCAGGUCUGCAGGGUUUGCAGAAUUGCGGUGGGGCCGCCACCCAGGUUCUGUGUCUGCUCAACAUGGUCAUGCCCGAUGAGCUGGUUGACGACGACGACUACCAGGAGAUCCUGGACGACAUCCGGGAGGAGUGCUGCAAAUACGGCAGCGUCCGUUCCAUUCAGAUACCCAGACCACUUCAUGGAGCGGACGUGCCGGGAUGCGGGAAGAUCUUCGUGGAGUACGUGUCCACAGCCGACUGUGAGAAAGCCAUGCAAGCCCUCACCGGUCGAAAGUUUGCCAACAGAGUGGUGGUCACCAAAUACUACGAUGCAGAUAUGUAUCAUAGACAUGACUUUUAAAGCAUGCACGCACGCAUACGCGCGCGCACACACACUCACACACACACACACACACACACACACACACACCCCUUUCAUUGCUUUUAAGUUCAAGACUUUUUUUUAAACUAACUGCACUGUACUCUUGUAGGAAAAUUAACUUCUGUGCACUUCAAAACAACAUACAGGUGCGUCUCAAUAAUUUUGAAAACUAUGUACAGGGUGAUUAUUUUUUUUACAUUUUACUUUACAGAGGUUCACUUUUUAAGUUAAAUUACUUCAAUAAAUUUUACACUGGACUCCUGCCUACCGGCAAACUGCCCAGUUUUGUAUUUUUUUGUCCUUUCUGAAAUACCCAAAGAUGGCCCAGCUUGAAUAGGAAAGUAGUCAUUGGUAUGAAGGAAGUAUGUUGAAGUGAUGUAUUUCAGCUCAGAGACAAGCAUUGUUGGGAAGAUGCUAAGUUUAGUCUGGGUAGUUAGUGGAAGUACAGCCUUCACUGCCUGGACACACAUUUCCGAUGCAUGUAUGAUUUUUAAGAGUAAUCUUUUAAAAAGUGUUAAGAAGCACCUUUAUGGUUUAAAACUGGGAUUACAAGUAAUUAUUUAAAAAUUCAGAUGAGGCAUCAAUAUUACUUGUUCAUUCAUCUUACGUUCCACUUGUCCUCACUAGGGUCGUGGGUGUGCUAGAGCCUAUCUCAGUUAUCUUCAAGUGGGAGGCAGAGUACACCCUGAACUGGUCCCUGACCGAUCGCAGAGUAUGUACAAAAAAAACAUUCACACUCACAUUCACACCUACAGGCCAUUUAGUCUUCAACCAAACUACCAUGCGUGUUUUUGGGAAGCGGGAGAAAACCAAAGUGCCCAGAGAAAACCAACGCAAACCUGGGGAAAACGUGAACGCCACACAGGGGAGAGGUUAGGGUUAGACCGGGAUUUGAGCCCCAGUUUUCAGAGCUAUGAGACAGAUGUGUUAACCAGUUGAUCACCUUGCCGCUCAUCAAUACUAUAUUAAAUAUAAAUUUGGGCGGCACGAUGGAGCAGCUGUAAAGCGUUGGCCUCACAGUUCUGAGGGCCAGGGUUCAAAUCCUGGCCCUGCCUGCGUGGGUUUCCUCUGGGCACUCCGGUUUCCUCCCACAUCCCCAAAACAUGCAUUAACACUUUAAUUUGCCCCUAGGUGUGACUGUAAGUGCAACUGUUGUCUGUCUCCAUGUGCCCUGCGAUUGGCUGGCAACCAAUUCAGGGUGUACCCUACCUCCUGCCUGAUGACAGCUGGGAUUGGCUCCAGCACUCCCGCAAUCCUCGUGAGAAUAAGCGGCUCAGAAAAUUGAUGGAUGGAUGGAUGGAUAAUAUAAAUUUGAGAUGUACCUGUAUACAUUUUUCGUUGAUUGUGUUUAUUACAAGCACAGUUUAAAACAUUGUUGGUGAUGAAUGAGCUCCCUUUUCAAGUUAUCUAAUAAUAAAUGUAAUUUAUUAAUAAUACCAUGAUAGUCGAGUGAGAUGAAGAUGUAGUUUGGCGACCAACCCACUGGGCGUCGCUAUAAGCCAAAGCAGCACCAAAGUUGUCAACUUUUUUCAUUCAUUGUAAAAAUGUCUUUCAAGUAAAAAAGACUAUUUUAUCAUAACGCCAAUCACACAAGAGUAUCCAAAUAAAAUGGCACAUCAAUGUCUAAAAACACUUUUUGUUGUGUUAAUAUUUUUAGAUGCUGUUUGAGCAAUGUAUGCAAUAUUUAUAAUGAAAAGUCAAAAUGAAUGCAAACUGUAGAUGGAAAGGAACGUGAGGUAACGUGUUGUUCGCGUCCAAUUUACAUACUAAAACACCAAGUUGGUGCUCAUAUACAAAUAAUAUUUCAUAAUUACAUCAUCAGCACCUGGAAUAAAUGCAUUUAUUCACCCUAUGUUCAUUGAAAAUUUUCUCCAGCACCAAUUCACAACAGAAAUUAUGACAAUAAGGAUCGCUCAACGUUGCAAUAUGAUGCAACUAGUCAAAUUUCCUCUGAUCUUUGACAUCAAUGAUAACAGCGCCAUCCAGAGGCCGAACACACUCACGGAGCCCGUUGUGUACACGGAUGUUGAUACAGACUCCCCUAUCAGAUGGCUUCAUUCAGGUCACAGUGGACCGAGGGUGGCGAAAAUUUUCAGAUAAUUGACGACCAUUAUCAUUGCAAUGAAUACAAAAUCUAAUUAAAAAAAAAAACAAUUCGUUCAUUUUCCAUACUGCAUAUCCACACUAGUGUCGCCGUAGUCCUGGAGGGUAUUCCAGCAAUCAUCUGGUGAGAGCCACGGCACACAGUGAACUAGUCGCCAGCCAGUUCCAGGGCACAUAAAAACAAUCUUUCGCACUCAGUCACACCUACGGGCAUUUUAGAGUUCCCAAUUAACUUACCAUACAUGUUUUAAGGAUGUGGCAGGAAACCUGAGUGCCCGA